CUACUGCUACUAAUGGAACCAAAACAUUAGUACUGAUAAUACUAAUAAUGUUUUGUAUCUGUGUGUGUUUGUAGAGAGAGAGAGAGAAUGGGGAAGAAGAAGACGUUAGCAGGUGAAAAGCAGUGCCUAGUGAUUGUUUUCGAAAAAGAGAGCUAUUGUGUGACCGUUGGCGUUAGGCCCGCCUCCUCGCCUGUUCUCAACUAGGUCCUGUCGAGUGUGGAUAAAUAGGUGGGCGCUGCGCGAGACCUUUCAUUGAGUGGCUUGACUUCGAGAGCAGGAUCAUGUCUGGCAGAGGCAAGGGUGGUAAAGGACUCGGCAAAGGAGGCGCUAAGCGUCACCGCAAGGUGCUUCGUGAUAACAUCCAGGGGAUCACCAAGCCGGCUAUUCGCCGUCUGGCUCGCCGUGGUGGUGUAAAGCGUAUUUCUGGUCUGAUCUAUGAAGAGACUCGCGGUGUGCUGAAGGUGUUCCUGGAGAACGUGAUCCGUGACGCCGUCACCUACACCGAGCAUGCCAAGAGAAAGACCGUGACCGCCAUGGAUGUGGUAUAUGCCCUGAAACGCCAAGGACGCACCCUGUACGGCUUCGGCGGUUAAACGCUCUAACACCGAACGACGCGAAUACAACGGCUCUUUUAAGAGCCACCCACAUGUCUAGAAAAAGAGCUGUUCCGUGUGGACAAAAAAGGCUUUUUCUUUCGUGAAGCAUAAGGUAUCAAACGCUGUACAGAAGUAGCAUAAGUGGUAGAUCUAUUUGUAUUUUUUGUAAUAAGCUAUAUAUAUGCACAGUAUUAAAUAUUAUAAACUGUUUCAUUAAAACGAUUUAGAAGAUGAUUUUAGUAGAAACUUCUAUAUUUCUCUCUCUCUCUCAUACACACGCAUACAUGCAUAUAUAAUAUAAAACGAUUUUUUUUCAAGCCAAUUGUUUUUUCAUAGUGCACGUUGUCCUGAAAGUACAAGGGCGGGAAGGGAAACAAAGCGUAGCGGAGGACGAGGAGGAGGGAGGAAGCAUGGAGGG